AUGUCUCGCCUGCGCGACCCUAUCUUUGCCCCUCAAUCACUUGAAGACCUGCAUCCCUCUGGCACAACACCGGUGAUCGAAGAUGACAACUCCCCGUUUACGAAAAACAAGAUCGUGCUCGCUGGAUCAGGCGCAAUCAUCGACUACAUUACUGCCGCCUACGGAGAAGGCUGUUUCGCGGGCACACCCAAGGAUAGUGAGGAAUACAUCAAAUUCCUAGACUGGUACCAAUGGGCAAAUGCCUCCCUACAGCCACCCUUGUUCCGCGUGCUGAUGGCCCGGUGCUUGAGCAAUGACCCUGAAGCAGCGCACACCAAGGUGGGCAAUUUGAAGCUAUAG